GGAGAUGCCCAUAAUGACAGGGCCCCUAUGGUGAGCUUGGGCUAUUUAAGGAGCGAGAGCCCUGCAGUAACCAGUGCAGAGGAGACCCCUUCCUCAGGAGGCUGCAUCUCCCCUGGCUGCCCUGUGCAUCCAGCAGGGGCAAAGGAGAUCCCAGCCUGUCCUCACCUGGCUGUCCUGUCUGAUGAUGGGACAAGAAACAGGCUGCCCGCAGAAGUGGUUUUGUCACCACCCCAGAGGUAUUCAAAACACAUAGGCAGCAGAUGUCCAACAGCAGCUCCAUCACCCAAUUCCUCCUCCUGCCAUUUGCAGACACACGGGAGCUGCAGCUCUGCCACUUCUGGCUCUUCCUGGGCAUCUCCCUGGCUGCGCUCCUGGGCAACGGCCUCAUCAUCACCAGCACAGCCUGCGACCAGCACCUCCACACCCCCAGGUACUUCUUCCUCCUCAACCUCUCCCUGCUGGACCUGGGCUGCAUCUCCACCACUGUCCCCAAAUCCAUGGCCAAUUCCCUCUGGGACACCAGGGCCAUCUCCUACACAGGUUGUGCUGCACAGCUCUUUUUCUUUAUCUUUUUUGUCUUAGCUGAGUUUUAUCUUCUCACUGCCAUGUCCUACGACCGCUACGUGGCCAUCUGCAAGCCCCUGCACUACGGGACCCUCCUGGGCAGCAGAGCUUGUGUCCACAUGGCAGCAGCUGCCUGGGGCACUGGGUUUCUCAGUGCUCUGCUGCACACAGCCAAUACAUUUUCACUGCCCCUCUGCCGAGGCAAUGCUGUGGAGCAGUUCUUCUGUGAAAUCCCCCAGAUCCUCAAGCUCUCCUGCUCACAUUCCUACCUCAGGGAAGUUGGGCUGCUUGUGCUAAGUUGCUUUGUAGGGUUUGGAUGUUUUGUUUUCAUUGUGGGGUCCUAUGUGCAGAUCUUCAGGGCCGUGCUUAGGCUCCCCUCUGAGCAGGGACGCCAGAAAGCCUUUUCCACGUGUGUCCCUCACUUGGCUGUUCUCUUCCUUCUUGUCAGCACUAGUACCUUUGCCUACCUGAAGCCCCCCUCCAUCUCCUUCCCAUCUCUGGAUCUGGUGGUGUCAGUGCAGUACUCAGUGGUGCCUCCAGCAGUGAAUCCCCUCAUCUACAGCUUGAGGAACCAGGAGCUCAAGGAUACUGUGAGGAAGCUGGUGACUGCAGGUGUUUCAGCAGCCAUACACUGCCUGCUUUCCUCUAAAAAGGGCUCCCAGUGUCGGUCAUGACAGGCCAUGUCUGUCUUUCCUGCUUUAUAUUUGUUAUCCUGUUUCAAUUUAUGGUGAUGUUGUCUUCAUUGAAAUGUCA